UGGCCGAAUGCUCCACAGUCUUCUAGUCGGGUCCGCCGUCUGGUGACUCUGGUGCGCAGCAGGGCGGCAGCGAUAUGUCCGCCCAAUAUGACUAGGCCGCGCCUCAGCCACAAUGUCUUCCCCCCAGCUUCACAUCAAGCUCUUCCAGCCUAACGGCGUCACUCGUGCAAUCCUCGCCAAUCGUGUCAAGUCUUUCUUCGACAUCCCUGAGAACUCCGUCGCUCUGACCUACGUCGACGCCGACGGCGAUGAGGUGACGCUGGACUCGCAACCUGAACUCCAUGAGCUCUUCACCACCCUUCCCGGAGACACCGACUCUACCACCCUUAAGUUCGCGGUCCGCGAUAUACGCGACCUCCGUGAGGGCUCGUCAUUUGAGGAUUCGGACCAUACGAUGUCUUCACCGUCAGUUCAAGACGAUAGCGAAUCACCGGUUGACCGCACCGCCGAUCUCGUCGCCGGAGUGGACGCUGCUCAAGCCGUAAACAUGUCCCCAGGGGGCUUCGACUCUCUUCGAGGCCGUGGCGGUCACCGAGGCGGGCGGGGCGGAGGACGGGGCCGCUGUGGAGGUCCUGUCCACGGCCAUCGCGGCCUGCCUCGCGGUCCUCCUGGCAGGCCUCCCGCCGAUCUGCCUUUCCCCUUCGUCCAUGGUCUACCUCCUCGUACUCGCGGCGACUUCGUAAGCCACAGCCUUCCACCGCCCCCGAUGAGUCAUGAGAUGUCCCGCGCACACAGCGCCCCUCCUGCGCUCUACGCCAAUGCCCCUGAGGGCAUGUUCCCUUUUGAGAUAUUCGUGGACAUGGGUCUGUCUCGCGAGCGCUUUCCUCGCUCAACCCCGAACGACGGGUGCGACCGCCGCCCCCACGGACAUGACCAUCGUCAGCGGCAUCACGUCGACAAUCACCGUCGUCACCACCACAACGUCGGUCAUCACCAUGGCCAUGGCCAGCACCAGCGCGGGGGGCCUCAGCAUUUCGGACGUGGUAGGGGAUCCGCCUUUGCUUUCGACAUGCGUGGUGGUCGCGGGCGAGGCGGCUUCGGGGGCACGAUGUUCCCUGACUUGCAGCAGCAUGGGCUCGGAUCGGUGGGCGCGGUCGUGGCUGCUUCCCUCCCGGGUUCGGUGCGCGUGGUCGCAGUAUGGGCCUCAUGGGCAUGGUUGGACCGCACGGGCUCUGAUUUGGAGGGUCUGGCGCCGUGA